AAUCCAAAUAUUUUGGCUCGGGUCGGUCGAGCCUGCAAUCUCAAUAUCCAGACAUCAUCCUGCUCUGAGUGCUGGCCUCGACCAGGCGGUUUCGCGUCGUUGCAAUGGCCGCUGCUGGUCCAUCGCGUGGCCCAGAUCUUUGGAAACCUUCACGCUACCUUGAACCAAACCAUCCGGACAAUGAAGAGGUUCAGGAACAAGCGGCGUAUCAAGCUGCAGUCUCCAGGCUGAGCAACGAUUCGAGGGCAAAGAGGUACAAGCCUAGACGGACAGUAGAUUAUUCUGGAGGGGUAUUGAAAUGGCGCCAGACCGUCAAAUUGAGAGGGCUGAACUACCUGCCCCCCAUACAUCCCAGUCCCUCUGACAUAGUUGGGCUUUUAUCACCUGAAGCUCACCGUCUCAACUCCUCCACAUCUGUCUGUGACCAUUUUGUGCACACAUCCAUCAACAAGGAGCGGUCCCCAACGCGCGUAGUCAAGUGGACACCAGACGCUCGGCGUCUGCUGACUGGCAAUGACAAAGGCCAAUUCACACUGUGGAAUGGAUCUUCUUUCAACUACGAGUCUAUCACGCAAGUACACGACGAUUCCAUACGGGCGCUAGCGUAUUCACAUAAUGGACAAUCACUCGUAUCGGUCGACAAACUGGGAGGGAUCAAAUACUUCACCCCUCAACUCACCAACAUCCAUGGCUUCCAAGGCCAUCGAGAGGCCUGUCAUGGGAUAGACUGGAGUCCGAACGAUGAGCGGUUCGUGACUGGAGGAGAUGAUGGUCUGGUCAAGAUCUGGAAUUACAGAGAAGCGAAAGAGGAGAGGGCUUUGAACGGACAUGGAUGGGAUGUCAGAUGCGUCUCUUGGCAUCCGAGCAAAGGCCUCGUGGUCAGUGGAAGUAAGGAUAUGUUGGUCAAAUUCUGGGAUCCUCGUACUGGGAGAGACUUGAGUACAUUACAUUCACAUAAAGCCGUCAUCAACUCGUGCAACUGGAGUCCGAACGGCCAUUAUGUCGCUACUGCAGGCGGAGAUGGUCUGAUCAGAUUAUUUGACAUCCGGACGUUCAGAGAGCUGGACGUGAUGAAGGGUCACGGGAAGGAGAUCCACUGCCUCGAGUGGCAUCCGAUCCACCACGAUCUCCUGGUUUCAGGGGACUCUGCCGGCGUCAUAAUGUAUUGGUCCCUAUUAGCUCCAAAUCCAGCGGACCCCAUAACGACUAUGCAAGCUGCACACGAGGAUUCCGUCUUCAGCUUAGCCUUCCAUCCUCUAGGACAUCUGCUUUGCUCGGGAUCGAAAGACUUUACGACACGGUUCUGGUGUCGUGCAAGGCCCCAAGGUGGUCAAGAGUCAGACAGAUGGCACGUGGGCGAGGAGAAAGCUCUAGGUCUAAAGAUGGAAGGCGAGCGAGCCAAUUCAAAAUCAAAGUGGAACUUCGAGGCGAAAGAGGAGGAGAAGGCUCCACCUGGAUUACCAGGUUUGGGCAAUGGGCACCGGGAGGAUCGCUCGACGUCUCCAAAUUUCGGGGCCAAACCCGGGGACGGGCCCUCUUCUCUGCCUGGGUUUGGUGCGCCGAGAAACGUGUCAGGCUCAGCACCCCAAGGUCCACCUGCACGAUCCUGGGUACCUGAUCCUAUGGCCGCGCCACUUCCUUCCUCUGGUGCUAUGCCACCUUUCAAUGAUCCCCGUGGACCUAGAGGAUACGGGCCGCCUCCGGCCUCGAACAGAUAUGGACCGCCUCAAAAUGCGUAUGGUCCUGGAUCCGGCGGCUACGGUGGAAGAGGCGGAGGUCCUGGUCGGCAAGACCCGGGAUCAGGAGGAGGCGGGCCUGGUGUUUACAAUCGGGGUCCUGACCAGGGGCAGAGGCCGCCUCCGCCGGCGUCCGGGCCGUAUGGGCAUGGCCCGCCUCCUGGUCAUGGGCAAGGCCCAGGGCAGAGGUAUGGAAACCAUGGGCCAGAUCAGGUAUAUGGAGGCGGCGGAGCUGGAGGGAGAGGAUGGAGAUGACAAGAUGCAUAUGUUACAACAGU